UUUCGAGGCGGGAUAGCCUGCGUUGAUUGCGGUCAGGCGAAUUGCUACGUGUGAGGGGAAUAUUGCACGGCCCAUUGCUUCCCCGUCGCGAAGAGAGGCUUCGAGCGCAGGGCCGCCUUGUACUCCCACAGCUUACCGUAUUCGUCCACACGGCGCUUAUGGUGCUGGCUCUCGUCUCAGACCCUGGUGAACUCAAGUCUACAACCGCGGUGGUCGGAGCUCAAGCGUGCGAACCACCUUGUGACGUCGUAAGCACACCGCGCAACAAACAGCAUAUGGCAUCCAUCUGCCUGGUGGCUGACCGCAGUAGGUGCCUGCCGGAUAGCGCAGCCGAGAUGGCGUAGCCGAAAUGGUCGUGGCCCA